ACCAUGUCAAGGCUGAAUCCAGAUGAAGUUAGCCCCUUCUGUCCUCAGUUUCUGCUCACGCGCCCCUACCAAUGCCCCCCAAGGACCCAAAUUGGGCAAUGAGUCUGCUGCACUUGCUACCAUCCCCGGGGACCCUCAUCAUGAAAGGCUUUCUGCUGCUCAUCCUGUCUGCUCUGCUCUGCUGGGUCUCAGGUCAGAACACUUACUUGACUGGCUCUUCUCCACCCUACCCCACAGCUCGGCUGGUCCCCAGGUCCCCGUGCUGGGCUGUGUCGACCGGCAGUCCUGCCGCCUGGAACCAGGACAGCAGUGCCUGACAACAAAUGUGUACCUCGGUAAGAUGUGGGUUUUCUCCAACCUUCGAUGUGGCACACCGGAAGAGCCUUGUCGGGAGACCUUCAACCAAACCAACCACAAGCUGGGCCUGACCUAUAACACCACCUGUUGCAACAAGGACAACUGCAAUAGCCCAGCUCCUCGGCCCACCCCAGCCCUGGCCCUCGUCCUCCUCACCUCUGUGGCCGGCCUUGGCCUCUGGCUGCUGCACUGAGACUCACUCCAUAGCUGUCCCUCCUCCCACCUACCUUAGCCUGAGUUUAGCCUUAGGUCUCCUUGUCCCCCGGCUCCCUACACUGGUCUCUCCUUAACUCCCUUCACUCAGAAUAGCAUUUCUCCAGGCUCUUCACAUUUCUGUAAUUAGACAGCAGUCUCCCCACCCAUCCUUCCACCUUACAUCCUCCACUGACCUUCUCCCGAGUCCGUUCCUAUAUCCCUCUAGACCACCCCAGAUCCUCCGGUGGUCCCAGAAGAGCUCCGCACUUUGCGUCCUGCACUCUACCACGCCCAGCUCAGAGAGGGACGGAGAUCUGGGCCUGAAAUGGGACUUCUGUCCUGUCCCCCGCAAAGGCUCCCAGGAAGGACCUGAUGACCUCACUGUAUGGGGUUGAUUCCCCCAAACCCUCGGUCCAUAUGUACCUCAUCCCCAUGCUUGCCUCUUUGCAUUUUGAGUAAUAAAUGUCUAUGUCUG